CAAACAGAGCCAGAGGGCAAGGGACCAAGCGAGGGAGACUAGCUGAUUCAUUACUGAGGGGAAGGGGCCGUAAAAAACCCCGGAGCCACAGGCAGGAACACACAACACAUGAUUACUCAGUUAGUCCUACCCAAGACGACGCCGCUGUCCGCUGGACCCUUCCCGUGAACAGAUCCGCUUGACCCCCCCGCACCGCGCGUGUGCAGGAAGACGCUCGUGCCGAACGAAACAACAGGCGGAAGUCGUUCGCUCGCAGAGACAAGUGGCUGCCCGUGAACCCGAGAGACCUUAAGGAGGCGGGAGACUGCGUCGGGGACGAUAGCGGAGGCGGCAGAGGGGCUCCGGGGGGUUUCGCCAGAGCGGACGGAGACACAGAGGACAUGGCUGUGGCGGUGGAGGACAGAGAGAACUACACCAGUCUGCAGGAGUUCACCGAAGACACGUCUACCAGGGGGAGCAGAUUCACCCUUGGCUUCAACCCAGACUCCCGGGGACUGAAGAGGGGAGCUGAAUGCUUGAGGAGUCAGGCUGCUCUUUUCGUACUCAUCGGUCUCUUGGCCUCCGUCUGCGCCAACAUCGUGCUGACCAUGCUCUUGUUAAAUAGGCCUGUGCCAGGCACCCCCCUGGGGUCCGCAGCGCUGGCCUUGAAGCUUAACUCAUUGCAUGGACGCUACAUCCAAUUGUGUGGGGACUACACUAACUUGGGGCAGAGCUGUUCAAAGAAAGUUAAAAAGUGCAGGGAGUGUCCUGAGGACUGGCUUCACAUAGGAGAUAAAUGCUAUCACUUCAGCGAUGAUAAGCUGGACUGGCUGAAGAGCAGAGACAGUUGUACAGAGAUGGGCAGUCAUCUUACCAUACUGCAUGCCAUGGAACAACAUGAUGCCAUCGAGAAAGAAGCCAGGAGAAUUGGGGGAUUUGACUACCACUUCUGGAUUGGCCUAUCUGACAUAGAGAAGGAAGGAGACUGGAGAUGGGUGGACAACACAACUCUCAAAAACAAAUACUGGGACGAGUGGAGCUCUGAGCCAAAUAAUCACCUGUCUGGCGGGGCGCAUGGAGAGGACUGUGCCGUCUUAAACAGUCACUCAAAGACCUGGUUUGAUGUUCCUUGCGAUAACAUCUAUAAACGCGUCUGCCAGAUGGAUGCCAUUCGGCUCAACUGAAAGAGCCGGCUCAGGAGUGAACUGAAUAAAAAACCUUGAAACUGUAAAUAUUUGGCUUGACACAAAUAAAAUUAUAGUUGUAUUAACGAGGUUCAUACCGAAAGGGAACCACCGCUGUGCUAUGAAAUAUUGGCUGUGUAUGAGAGGUUUGCUGAAAAUGCAUCUGCUGAAAAUCAGUAAAAUGUAAUUAUGGGAGAAAGGGAAGGGGGGGGUGUACUCCCUGGGUAUGCAACGCUGCAGGAGGCUCUGGUUUCAGAGAAUCGAGGUGUUACUUUAGGUAGAUCAGGCAGGCUUACUCACUGUUAAAAGGCCAAGCAAAUCCUGAUUUAAUCUAAGCCUUAAAGCCUGUGGCUAACUUCGCCGUGUGCAAACUCCUGUGAUUAAAUGCACUUUUGAAAACUGGCCGUGUAUCAAUAAAACUGCAUUUUUGAAGUA